GUGGUUAUGGCGCUAUGCAUGUGGGCAGCUGUUAACUCUGUGUCUUAAAAAUACACUUCGUAACGGUUUUCAAUCUGUUUCAUUGUUAUAUGACAUCCACAAAUUAUAUUUUAAGUAUAAGAUAUAACUUCAUUUUGUUGGUAUGUUCAAAGUAGCUUUCGUGUGUUGGCUGAAUCACAGGCUAUUCGAAAAUCUUGAAUAAUGGCAGAUGUAUCGUUUAUUGUUGCUGGGAUUGCUAUUUUCUUGGGAAUGAAUCUUAUAUUUUCCUUCCACAGUAUAGAUGAAGGCCAUGUUGGAGUAUAUUACAGAGGAGGAGCAUUGCUACAGAAUAUAAGUCAUCCUGGAUACCAUAUGAUGAUUCCAUUCAUCACAAGUCACAAAUCAGUACAAGUCACACUUCAGACUGAUGAAGUAAAAAAUGUACCCUGUGGAACAAGUGGAGGAGUUAUGAUUUACUUCGAUCGCAUUGAAGUUGUCAAUAUUCUUAGUCCAAACAGUGUGUUUGAUAUUGUUAAGAACUACACUGCAGAUUAUGACAGAACUUUAAUUUUCAACAAAGUUCACCAUGAGCUUAACCAGUUUUGCAGUUCUCACAACUUGCAAGAGGUUUACAUAGAUUUAUUUGAUCAAAUUGAUGAGAACCUGAAAACUGCACUGCAACGUGACUUGAAUGAAAUGGCUCCUGGGCUGUAUAUUCAGGCUGUUAGGGUUACAAAACCAAAGAUUCCAGAGACCAUAAGGAAGAAUUAUGAAUUAAUGGAAGGUGAGAAAACAAAGCUGUUGAUUUCUAUUCAGCACCAGAAGGUGGUUGAAAAAGAUGCAGAAACAGAACGUAAGAAAGCAGUUAUAGAGGCAGAGAAAGAAGCACUGGUAGCAAAGAUUCAGUUUGACCAAAAGAUUAUGGAAAAGGAAUCUUUGCAAAGGAUGUCACAAAUUGAAGAUGAAAUCCAUUUGGCAAGACAGAAGAGCCGUUCAGAUGCUGAUUUCUACCAGACUCAAAAAGAAGCAGAAGCUAACAGAUUGCUUCUUACUAAAGAAUAUAUAGAACUGAAGAAAUAUGAAGCUGUAGCUAAGAACAAUAAAGUCUACUAUGGUACUGAAAUUCCAAGCAUGUUCAUACAUGGGGGCUGCACUGGUGAUCUAGAGAGAGUCUCUGGCAGUAUAGAGGAAUCUGUUGUUUCAGCCAAGAAUUUAAAAAAACAAUAAACCCUUUACAGAAUUCUCAGUCAAGUGAAAGAACAUUAUUCUUUGUAUAAGGUUUAAUUAAAUAAUUUCAUAUUGAAUGCAAUGAAAAAUGUUGGAAGUAUGUGAUUUUUGUCUUGAUUCCAAUUGUAAAACAGAAGAAACUUAUUUGUAAGGUACUCUAUCCUUAGACUGUGUAUGGGAAGAAAUCUUAAAUAUUCUGAUGAAAACCUCAGGGAAUUUUCUCUUUUUAUGUGUUAUCAUGGCAUCCACAAGCUUUCAGCAUACAUUGCCAAUGAUGAACACUGGAUAUUUUGCCCCAGGCUGUAUCCAUAACAAUGUUGACAGGUUUAGAAGUACCUUAUAUGUCCAAUCAUAAGACAAUAUUUUUAAAGAGUCAUGGUGCUAGAAUGAGCCUUAACCUCAUUUGGGGUUCACAGAGGCUGUGCAUAUGUUCACUGUCAUAACACAUAAUAUGAGAGGAAUGUUUAAAGGCAAGGUUGUCAUACUAGUUGCUUCUUCCAACCUGUCUCUUGCCAACUUUUGUCAUGUUAUUGAAGUUCUGUUGUUUGUUAAUCAGAUUCUGUAAUCCUGUUGAGUAUGGUUAUGUCAUACUUACAUAGAUUUGGAAUAUCAGUAAACUGAAAAAGCUCUCAAGUUGAAUAAUUCACAGCAGUUUAAUGUUCUUCUCAGGCCUAAAAAAAGAUUCAUUAUACUUCAUCACCAUAAAAGCUUCAGAUCAUACAACUCACAGCAGCUUUAUAACAAAACUACUGUCAUGUUAGGUUUUAUGUUGUGUUUAUCCAAACAAAUAUUUUUUCUCUGCCAUUAGUGUUCUGGUGAAGUUUAUUUACAAUCUCAUUCAGUUAAGCAGGUCACAUACCAUUGAGAAAUUAUUGCUGGUCAACACAUAAAUUUCAUUUAUUUUCUUGGUAUUUUAAUUACAUAUUAUUUUUGGUGAAUAGAUAAUACAUAUUGUUGAGGUCAAUAAAAAUGCUGCAUGUCAUGCUAAGUGACAGUAAACUUAUAAAAUUUUAUAAAAUAACCUGGCCUAAGUAAAUAAUAACAUGGUUAGAAUAAUCUAAUUUAAAAUUUGAGGUAAAUCUGUUAUGUUACCUUUGGAAGUAAUUAUAUAUAAUGUGUCUUAUAAACACAUAUAUUUGUGAAUGUGCAACAAAGUUUGACUUUCCUUAUGUAAUUAUUCAAGUGUUUUAUUUUCAUACUUAAAUUAGAACUGGGCAAAACAUGCUUUGAAGCUAAACUAAAAAAAUUAAAGAAAGACAUCAAAUAAAAUGUAUAAUUCCUGAUAUUUUUUGUGUAGUUUAGUCUUAUAGCAUGAUUUGCUACAAAAUGAAAGUACUUCUAAGCUGCUGGUCACAUAUUUUAAAGAAAGUUAAAUUAGUCCUCUUUAUACACAAAACAGUAAUAUUUACUUUAUCAAAACAUGUCUACAGGGGCAGUAGGUAUUAGGAAUAUUUUUGCUAAUGAUACACCUGAUGUGUGCAUUGGCAUUGUACACUGAACUGUAUUAAAUGCCAAUUUACCUUUUUAACGUGAUAGACUUGUUUAUAACGUUGUCCAUGUUCAACUUUUGAAAUUAUAGCACACUAUAAAGUUGUCUGUCUAGUCCCUAGUGUUUGUUAUUGCACAGACUCCUUGAAAUGGCCAAGGAGUUCAUCUUAUUAUGUAGAAACGUUCCUAGUGACAGUAUAUGAUUGUUAGUUCAGGUUGGAUUGUAAAUUGGAAUAUACAGAAUGAGACAACUGUAGUGUAAAAAGUAAAAACAUAGUGAACUAUACAGAUUUUGUAUGUGUAAUUAUUAGUGGCAUAUAUAUGUUUUCUCACUUCACAUUUUGGCUUUUGUAUUGCCAUCUUUACAUAUUUUUAAUUUUAGUAGCUGGAGUUUGAAAGUGCAUUCUUGGCACAUUUUUCCUUUUGUGUUGCAAGAUGAUAGACACUUAUUCUACUUUCUGCCAAGUUAAAAUUCACAUUUUAACAAAGUCUAACCUAUGGUUAUAACUGAAAUACUUCAUAAUGUGCUGCCGCCUUCUUUUUUUUUUAAAUUUUUUAAUUUUAGUAUGAUGUAGUGUUGGGCCUUUGUGUAAACAUGCUGAAGUACUCCACACUUUUCACACUCCUCAUUCUCAGUCACUUCAUCACUUGUCUUCUAGGCCCUGUGAAUUUGUUGAUCUGAUUUGUUGGCCCCAAAUGUUUAUUGGUUUGCAGCUUCACUAAUUUUAAAGGAAAGUGGAGUGAUACAAAUGAGUAGGAGAUUUUAAACAUUAUGUAGACAAGUACAACAAAAUUCCAAUGUUCAGAUACCUGUUAUUUUUCUCAUUUAAGCCUUCUUGGGUCUAGGCACUCCUUAUAAUUGUACAUUCCAGUUAACAAAAACAAACUGUUUGUUGAAAUAAUCAGAAUAGUUAGAGGAAGAGUUUUGAAAAUACUUGUCUUGUUCAGAAAAUGGUAGAAAGGCACUCUCAUGUGCUUGUGUGUUUUGAUGUUCAAUGAGAGAAAUAAGUUUCAUAUAAUCUUCAAAGUGAACAGAGGUGAUGCAAAGGUAUGUGAUACACAGUCUGUUGUGGUAUGAAUAACAACUACUGAAUGUGAAAAGAAUGAGAUUGAUUUUUCUCAAAAUCAUAUCAUGUAUUGGCAGUGCUGCAGUUGUCUCAUUUUUCUGAAAUUGUCUGUGUAUGUGUACAUGUUCUUGCUGAAACUUUUUCACAAGUUUUGGGAGUGUGAGUAGUUUCCUAGAACUGUAUACAUGAAUAAAGAUGUAGGUUUUUAAGUUUUAUUUUUAAGUUGUUUUGUGUUUAAUUAUAAUUAAAUAUACAAAAGUGUAAUUUUGCAAUUUGUGUUGCAAAAAUGUUGAUGCUGACAACAUAUUUUCACAGCAGGAAGUCAGAGGAUGGCUGUCUUCUAGGUGGUUGUGCCAUGUAGUGUGGUAGAAGUUUACCAUUGUGUCUGAGGCCCUUGCUGCCUCUAUUACUCAUAACUCUUAUGAUGGAGGCAGCAAGGACCUCUGAAAUGCUGAUCAACUUUUUCUACGCUACAUGACAACAUAUGCUAUUAACAAGCCCUUUGGGCUGAUUAAUAUUGGUUGAAAUAGGCCAGAAUGAAUACAGCAGUAGAAGCAGAAGAGAGAGCCUGAAGUGCAGUUAUUCCCAUUGCACACUGACUUCUUUAUGUGGUCUUCAAAAUAUUUUGUUUGCACUGUGAAACAAUUGGCAACUAUCAAAUUUUAUGGGCUUGCCAUUUGGUAGGAGUUAUUUCAUUGUUUUCUUGAAACCAAUGUUUGUUGGACAUACAGAAUUUGACCUUGUUUUGUGGAUUUUAAAACUUUUAUUGUGAUUUAUGUCAAUUUUUUGUUUAAAUAGUUGUCAGAGUUUGACUGAAGGGAUAUUGUCUGUAGGGGUGCCAUAAAUCUUAAAUAUUUUCUUUAAUAGAUUUGCAUAUGUAGUAUGUGUUGAUGAGUUAAUUCCUUGGCCUGUGUGAAUAAUAAAUUAAACGUUUUCAGCAGCA